CAUAACGUAUUUGUUUUUAGGUAAGUUUGUAUAAACAAGUGAAACAAUGCCCACAUUGAUAGUGAAUUGUUUUAUCUGAGAUGAACUAUUUUUGUGGUUAUAUUCAAGGAAGUGGUUAUAAAUUUCUUUUUUGUCGUAUCGUCGAUAUCUUGAGUAUAUAUUUUCAUUCAUUCGUUCUCGUACUCGAUAGGAAUAAAUAAUUCUUCCCUUGCAUUUGUUUUUUUUUUCUGAAAAUCAUGACGACGUUAUCGACGCUGGUGUUUCUCUUUCUGUUGUGCCUAAAUGGUCGAAACGUUCAAUUUUGCGAUUCCAAAGCCGUCGGUUAUAAUUUUUCGCAUGUGCAUAGUGAUUUGAUAGUAACGACAGGUGUUAAGGCGCCGGAUGUUCCGGAAACGAAAAGGGCGGUUCCAGUGCAACCGGAAGAAGACAAAGAACCAGGAUGGAUGCGCCGGCAGCUCAUGAAGUUUGGCGAAGUGUCAACCAAAAUUGGCAACAGUUUGGGGGGAACCGCGUCCAAACUGACGGGAGCUUUGGACAAAAUAUGCCAAGUGAUCAAAACGGUCAUUCCGGUUAUAGCGGCCGUUUGCCACGUGGGUAAAUUUCAGUUUUGUUCUGCUGCUACCGAGGGGCCCCAGGAACUGGCCAAUGCCAUCGCACCAAAUAAUUUCGAUUUGGAACUGGACCGAUAAUAAUUGUCGUCAAAGCUGAUACAUAUAUGUAUAUAAGUACUUGUGUAUAUUCAAAAAUAAGGGAUGCAAUUUGAGAAAUAAAUAAUUUUUGUUUGUUUGA